AUGCCCGGACAUCAACACCAACAACAAUUACGCGGCAUCAAGCAGCCGAGCGGCAGCGUCCUAUACCUGCCACGCUCGGAAGACGAAGACAUGACGUCUGGAGAAACCCACAAGGACGUCAAAAGCGCAGCGCUCACCCCCAACAGCACGGAGGACCAGCAACCGCAAGCAAAAGAGAUGGAGAAAAUUAUCUUCGACACCGGCAUCCAGGAGUUAAUCCUCAAGGCAGCUGACUUUUGGACCGAUGACCCCGGAGCCACCGGAGACAUUCUCAACGAUUUGGCCUACAAACUGGGAGGACUGGUUACUCUCAUCGGCAAACCCAUUAUCCAGGCAACAAUCCCCGGCGUAAACGAUAAAGGCUCCGAGAUGGCCCAUGACAACGGCGACAAGGAUCUCGGUAACUCCAACAGAAAGACAACCAAACCAGCACGAUUAGAACUCUACAUUGACUUUCAAAUCGCUGAGAACAGAGGUCGGCAGAUCGAGAUCUCCUCUCUCAUGAGCAACACCACUGACGAAAUACAGGGUUAG